GAACGAUCUACGAUUUUAUACAAAUUUCAAAUAUUGGGGAUUAAAUAAAAAAUUAUGAAAACAAUGGCAAAUCAUUGGAAAUAUAUUGGAUAAGUUUUUAUCGAUUCCAAUGUUUUCAAAAAAAAUACUUCAGUAUUUGAGAUCAUGAGUCAAUUGAAGCUAGACCACCAUGAAAAACCUGGAAACACUGGACGGCCGUUUCAUCCUAUUGUGGGACUCCUCAUCAGUGCGUAUCCACAAUCCCACACAUGGUACUCAAACCUAGAAUCUAUCAGUCUCGCACGCGAACGCUCAACCAUUAAACCACUGAGCCGGCAUCCGACGGUAUUGAUAUCUAACUUGAACUAAUCCACGAAAUUGAGCAACACAUCCACCAUUGUCAUCAAAACAGACUAUGAGGAACCAGAAAGUCAUAUUGUUCGACAUAAACCUGUUGGUAUUAAAACAUUGUUAAGGAAAACAAGAUUCUCAAGAAAAGAAUUACAAAUUAUGUAUCAAGGAUUUAAACAAGAAUGUCCAGCUGGUACACUUAAUGAAGAUUCAUUUAAAGAUAUCUACUGUAAAUUUUUCCCUCAAGGAGAUGCAACUGUAUACGCUCAGUUAGUAUUCAGAUCAUUUGAUCAAGAUCGUAAUGGAACUUUAACAUUUGAACAAUAUAUUCAAUGUUUAUCGUGUUUAAUGCAUGGUACACAAAAUGACAAAUUACGUUGGGCAUUUCGCCUGUAUGAUAUUAAUGGUGAUGGUUAUGUGACUAAAGGUGAAAUGCUUAAAGUUGUCAAUGCAAUUUAUGAUUUAUUGGGAAGAAAUACAGAACCGCCAAUUAAUGAGUCGACCACAGCUAAUCAUGUAGAAAGAGUAUUUCAAAGAUUAGAUUUAAAUCAAGAUGGUGUAAUAAGUUAUGAAGAAUUUUUACAGGCGUGUACUUAUGAUCAGACUGUUUGUGAUGCCCUUGAUAAACUUACAACUAUUUUAUAA